UGGUGAAGAAUACAUGGAGAUGAAGUUUUUCUCUUUUUAUACCAUCGCAGUUGCACUUAUAGUUGUAGCCAACCUUGGGAUGAUGCACACAAGGGGGCAAAACGUUUCGUGCUUAAAUCAGCUUGCUCCAUGCCUAAAUUACCUGAAUGGAACCAAAGAAGUGCCUCAAGUUUGCUGUAACCCUCUCAAAUCAGUGAUAAAGAACAAUCCAGAAUGCUUGUGCCGUAUGAUAAGUAACCGAGGGAGUUCACGGGCGGAGCGAGCUGGCAUUGAUGUCAAUGAUGCUCAAAUGUUGCCUGCUCGAUGUGGAGAACACGUCAAUCCCAUUGCCUGCUUGACUCGAUCCCGAGGAUCUACUAACUCGGACCGAAGCUCCUCCGUUGGCAACUCCUUUUCUCAGUCGUAUUGGAUCACAACAUUAGCUUUUGCAGCAACUCUUUUGUCAUUUAUCCUUCAAAAUGAAUCUCUCAGUCUAUAGAACUAUGUUUGCUUGUCAACUCUGUUCAUUCUUUUUAUUUGCUUGAACAAUGCUUAUGUGCGUCAUCCACACAUCAAUGUACCAUUUUAUGAUUUAUAUAAAUCACACAUAAAUAGAUAAUUCCAUUUCUAAUAACCA